AUGGGUGGGGGGGGGCUCCUUUUGCAUGCAAGUCCUCGUUUAACGUCCUUUUCCUCGAACCCCCCGCCCCCCCCCCCAAAUUAUUUUCCUUACCAGCCUCCGGAAAAGCGGCAACGCACCAUCGAGGACUUCAACAAAUUUUGCAGCUUCGUCUUGACUUAUGCCGGCUACAUCCCCUCCUCCAAAGAGCAGGAGAAUGACUGGACGCCGUCCAGCUCCAACUCGCCGCUGCGUCCGGAGAGCGUGGUGGACAGUGAUGGCUGGGAAUCCACGCAGUCGGACCUGCACACCAUCGAGACCUUUGUCAAGAAGGCCAAGUCGUCGAAGAAGAAAGCCGCCUUCCGGCGCUUGAAAUCCGACAGCUCCUUGCUGGAGAAGAUGAAGCUGAAGGACUCCCUUUUCGACUUGGACCCGGUGGGGAAGCAGCCGCCCCCGCUCGCCGGGCCCAAAGUCCCCGCCGAUCGGAAGAAGGACAAGCGGAGCCGGAAGGCUGCCUUGGAAGGCGGGGCCGUCAAGCGCAACCGGAGCGAGGUGGCGGUCGAGAAGCGCUCGCGCAUCAAAAAGAGCAAGAAGCGGAAGUUGAAACGGCCGGAGCGCAGCGAGAAGCCGAAGCACAAAACCUCCGUGAGCGAGACGGACUCGGAGGAGGAGGAGGAAGAGGAGGAGGAAGAGGAAGAGGAGGAGGACGGAGCGGGCCCUCUGUGGCCGGGUGGGGAGGAGGAGGGGGCGGGGGCGGCCACGGCACUGGUCUCGGUCCAGGCGCCGCCGGAGCUGCUGGCAACCAAUUUCCCCAUUAAGCUGGAGGACAUGGAAGGGAAGGAGGGCAUCAGCCCGGAUACCAGCCAGGAUGGGGAAGGAAGCUCCAGCGAAGGCGAGAUGAGGGUCAUGGAUGAGGACAUCAUGGUGGAAUCAGGCGACGACUCGUGGGACCUCAUCACCUGCUACUGCCAGAAGCCCUUCGCCGGGCGGCCCAUGAUCGAAUGCAACCAGUGCGGCACCUGGAUCCACCUCUCCUGCGCCAAGAUCAAGAAGACCAACGUCCCCGACAUUUUCUUUUGCCAGAAAUGCAAAGAAAGCUCGCGGAAGCAGGCGCCGCCACCGCCGGCCCCUCAGCCCCCCACGGCACUCAGCGCGACGGCCCCCCCAGGGUCGCGGGCAGGCGGAGGGGAACCCUAGCACAGGAGUGGGGGUGGGGGGUGGGGGGUGGCCUGCGGCUCUCAAGGGCUUUCGUCCUGCGGAGGGAGUGGAAAAUAAAAACCAGGCUCUGGACAGGGAGCAGAGAGAGAAAGGGGGAGGCUGCUCUGAUUGGGAAUCCCCUUUGAAUACCAGGGGCAACCGGAAACGAGGUGGCAGGCCAGCGGAAGCGGCAACGGUAACGAAACUCCGGCGCUCGGUCGAUCCUGGCUAGGCUGCAGUGGGCCCUCCUGGCCUUAAACCCCACCCCCACCCCAGCCCUCUCUCCUGCGUGGGGGUGGGGGCUUGUUCGGGCGUCCAGACGACCGGGAAGGUCCUGCGUCCACUCUUGGGCCUCCGGCCACAGCGGGGAGGUAUAACACAGAGUCUUUUGGUUUCCUUUUGAAUUCUCUCCUUCCUCUUGUCCUGCUCCACCACCACCACCUUCUUCUUCUUCUUCUUCUUCUUUGUAAAUAGAAGACAAAAAGAGUUUUCGUUUUUUCCUUUCCUUUUCCUGGUUUCUUUCCACGCACAUACACACACCCCCUGGGCUCAGUUGGUUUCACUGGUGGGAAGGUUUUAAAACACCCCCCAGGUUGUGGUCCUGAUAUUUUUUUUUUGGCGGACUCUGUUUGAAACCUCGGUUGAUAUUUUUUUUUUUGUCCCCGGCGGGGAUCUGAGAAGGCCAAAGGGGGUAACCCCCGAUUUCUUUGGUUGUGCUUCGAAGAGGAGCACAGCUUGACUUUGUUCCUGUCCCCCCCACUUCAUAGGGAGGGGGGCAGUGUCUCCAAAUGCGGCUCCCUUUAAGACUGGGUGGACUCCAACUCCCAGAAUCCCCCAAGGCAUCUUCGCUAAGGUUUCAACCCCGCCUGCAAUCUCUCCGCCAAGCAGGCUAGGGGAAUGGGGGAUUCUGGGAGUCGAAGUCCACGGGACUUAAAAGGGGGCCCCCUUGGGAGACCGUCAGCCCUGGUUCAAACCAAUGGACCUUCUGAGGAUGGGCAGGAGCGAGAAAGGCGCUUGGCCAGUUUUUUGUGGGGGGGGGAGAAAAAGGUGGGCCAGGCCACUCUUCCCUCCCCCCCUUUUUUUGUUAAAAUAUUUUCAGAGGUGUACAUGGCAGAGUUUUCGACUGUAAAUAAAGAG